AUCUUUUGCCCAACAAUACGACUCAAAGCGGAGUUUUAUAUAAAAGCUGGAUUUGAGGACUAGAUUCCUAUCAAAUUGGUUUCCGCUAAGGAACUUUAACUCUACUCUUGGCUUUAAACGGAAGAAAUCGAGAGAAUCUAUCAACAAUACAGCUAUCGAAACCACAUCGAAGCAGCAAUCCUGAUACGCACUGGAGUUUACUUUCGUAAAGGAUUAUCGAUAGAACAUUUUCGAUUCCGUUACGUGUAGUCGUGUAGCAGUGUGGACAUUAUACUCUAAAGACGGAUUUUUGACUGGCAAUGCAAUAUCAUAUCGCCUAUCACUUUAAAUUACCGAGUACAGAAUAAAGAUUAUAUAUUUAUCUUCGAGUAUUUUGAUAUAUUUAUAGUGAAUGGGACAAUACUAUGAACAAGUGAAGAAUCUGUAUACAAGUUGUUAUUGUUCCAGUGAAGAUUAAGAAUUUUGACAAUCAUUUUGACUAUAUACACUAUAUACAAGAAGUAAAAAGAGUUUAUGUGAAUUAUAUAUUACGGGAAGUGUUCCGAACAUUUGCCUCAAGACAAAGAUUGUGUUUUGUUGGGAUUUAACGAGUACUGCUGUGUUGUAUCUCAAAUCUGUCCGGAUUAAUUUCUAUCGCACGAGAGAUGAUAUAGUUUUGAAACGGAAGUUAGUGAAGGUGUAUGAUAAUUUUACUGCAGAAAAGUGGCUCGUUAGUAACAAGAGUACUUCAGAGCAGAGGAGUGUUUCAUUACAAUAUUUUAGUAAAGUCGUGGAAACGUCACAAUACUCAAGACAAAGAAACAUUACAUUGUAUUUCUGUGGGAAUUGUAGAAAACUGUAAAGAAGAAACAGCAAAGAAGCACGGUACAUUUCACUGCCAUUUCCAGGGUGAAAAUUGUACAAAAUCUUCGACGUAUAUAAAAGCUGUAUCCUUAGCUAACGAGAAAUAAGGAAGCACUACGCUAUAUUUUGUACAAAUUGUACAAAACUUCAGCAUAUAAAAGGCGUAUUCUUCAACAAGAUAAGGAAAGAAAGUUUUAAAUUCCAGCUGCUUCACACACAAAGAAGUAUUUCUCUCCUUCAUUUUGAGCGAAUCGUACAAAAAACUUCAGAGUAUAAAAGGUUCUUUAGUUCGUUCGCUAGCAGAAUCGAGUAUAUCAUUACAGCACUUCAGCGUUGAAGAAUCUUCAAAUAAAGAAGAAUUUAAUUCACUACUGUUGGAAACGGAUGAGAUUUCAGUGUUCAAUUUGCCUCAAGAAAACUAGAAGUAUUAAACUAACAUUAUAAAGUUUGUGAACAACAGGAUAUCAAGCUAUAAUCCCACACAAGAUACUUAGAAGAAUACAGGAUAAGUCCAUUACGUUCGUUGUAUUCCGUGGAAUUUGAUGACAAUUCCAUGAUAUAAAUCUGUAUUAUUACGGACGUCAUAGACGAUUGAAAGUUUGACGUUAAAUUCGCUUCAAAAAGGAGGAUUUUCGGAAUACUUUGUUCAGAGUUGAAGCGAGCCACAGGACAAAACCAUAUUCCACCAGAGAAGAAGCAUUUCACUGUUGCAGUUUGUGGGAAGUUGAAGGGAAUCAUAAAAUUACUGCCGGUCAGUGGCAGGCAUAGACAGCAGUAGAAAACGGUUAUCGAUCAUUCCCAAGCGAAAUGUAACAGUUCCAAAAUUCAAACCAUGGAUAAAGGAUUUCACUUUCAGCUCGGCGACGUGGUCUUGGCCGAAUGGAGCGAUAAACUAUUCUAUGCAAAAAUCCUACAUAUUGAUCACCUGGCACGCACGUGUACCCUGCUCUUUGACGACGAUUCCAUUGACCAUUGUCCCUUUACAAAGAUUCACAGCGGUUGGUAGAAUUUUUUUAUACUGCUUUCUCGCUCUCUAUUGUAUUGUCGUGAGAGGGUGCAGUAAAGGCCCUUUAUUGUCGAGUGGUCUUUGGUAUGGUCGGCGUGUUUCAGUAUAGCAGAUGAUGGUCGACAUGGUUAUAUCACUUUUUUGUCUUUUGUAAAUCUAAUACGUUCUUAUUGAUGGGCGGUGGUCAAUUUCAGAAUUCAUGGUUUCAAUAUAACAGUAACAAGGCACCGUAUGCAUUGCGGUGGUUAACUACAGGAAUGUUGGUUGAACAUAUUUCUAGCGUCUUCACUAUUUCACGAGCCUUUUCACAAAAUAAUCUGUACUUGUUGUGCUUAUACAGCAAGCGCCCUUUUCCAGGAAAUUUAGUAAUUUGGUGGCUUUCGGUAAGCCUUACAAGGCAUCAUAUGCAUUCUGGUCAACUCCAGGAAUGUUGGUUGAAUAUAUUUCUAGCGUUUUCUUUUCAUUAUCGUCUGAAUAUAAUCUGUACUUGUUGUGCUUCCAGCAAGGGCCCUUUUCCAGGAAAGCGGUAUUUGUGGCUUUCGGUAAGCCUUACAAGGCCUGAUAUGGAUUCUGGUUAACUCCAGGAAUGUUGGUUGAAUAGAUUUCUAGCGUUUCUUUUCAUUAUCAUCUGAACAUAAAAUAUGUGCUACGCUUGCAGCAAGGGCAUUAAGGAAUGUCGAUAACUUGUGGGAUUCGAUGGUAAGGUUGGCAAGGAGAUAACUGCAAAUUGAUCAGCAUUGUUUGUGAGGCCCACCCAUACACCCACGCACUCCCGCUGUGUGUUGUGACGAUGAGGGCUGAAUGUUAAGAGCUUUAUUCCUCUUCGCUUUUUUCCUCUUUGCAACCCUAUAGGUGAUUUUACUUUUCAUUGAAACACGUCACCUUCCUCACGAGACUUGUUCGUGCAAAAUGUGGCAGACAUGUCAAUUUACAACGCAGGGAGUGACGAGAAACCACCUUGUACUCCCGCUCUCCCCUAUCAUCCCUAUUUAUCUCUCUUCCCCCUGCUCAUCCUGAUAUAUACCACGACUAAGGCUACGUUUCCACUAUACCGGAUAGUCAUUCCGUAGCGGCGCGAAAAAGCAUCUAUCCGAUACGGAAUGUACAACUUUCAGAAACUGAGCGAAACAACAUCUCGAUCCGUAGCAAUAAUUCCUCCGAAAAUAGCGUUCCUCAAAGGUACGGGCAGGUGUUUUUUCACGUCGAUACGGAAAGCUAUCCCGGUUCAGUGGAAACGUAGCCUAAGAACUUCUAGGAAUUAUCAGAAAUACGUCAUAAGCCUUUAUGUUGACAGAUCAUUACCAGAUUAACUAUAUAUUAGAAUUGAUGUUAACACGUUCCGCCCUCUACUGUUAAAGUCGAAAAUCGUUCGGCAAGAGCUAGAAACUACCGGUUCUUAAACUGAUUCAGUCAAUUUAACACAGCUAAGCAGCAGCAUGUAUAUUAUCCCCGUACUAGGAACAUUAAGCCUGUUUACACUAUCAAAGUUUCUGUGAUCACAGUAGGAAUUUGAAUAUAGGUAAAUUCUAAGUUUUGAAGCUAAGGAUUUGUAAGAAAUGGUUUGGGGGAACUGACUUAAUGUUAAACACUGAGUCAGCUUGCAGUUCCCUCAAACAUUUCUUACAAAUCCUUCAAAACUUCAGAAUUUACAGAUGAAAAAUUCCUACUGUGAUCACAGAAACUUUGAUAGUGUAAACUGUAAACUAGGCUUUUAAAAUAGUGGGUGCCAAACGCAAUUUGGAAAGAGGAUGGAUAUUAUUUUGUUCCGGUGUCACGUUCGGCAAACUCGGAACACAUUUUCCUUGUUCAAAGUUGUGUUUCCUGAUGGUUCUAUCUUUUUCGAGCCAUGGAAACGUGACUCGAGAGAGACUUUAGUGAAAUUGUGCUUGUCAAUCAUUCCAAGAGGGCCCACUUCAUCAAUAUUGGCGUUGUUCGGGCGCACUUGAAAGUUCAUUAAGAUGCCGUGGUGUAAUUUGUUUGUGUUAAAAAAUUAAGGAUGUUUGUGAAAAUGAUGAAACAGGGCGUCUGAAAAUAAAAUUAGAUUACAAGCGAAGAUAUAUUUGUGUGUUUUGGGAUCAGACGAAACUUCCUUCCUUUCUUUCUUUCUUAAUAAACACGCGUUUGCAUGUUGAGAGCUUUAUUAAUUGUCUUGUGAACUUCAUAUCGCCAUCUUGUUGUUUUGCCAUCCGCCAUAAUAAUAAUACAAUGAAGAAGAGAGGUAAAAUAUACCGUGUUUUGGCUAAAUAAAAAAAAAAUAAGGCCCCCUCAUUCUGUCAGCUCCCGAACGUGCUUGAAAUGACAGAUAGUUUUUAAGUUCCCGGGGAGACCGAGAAGUUACAGUCAGUGGUCGGAUAGUUUUUAAGAUAGUCAGUUGACUAAAAUUGCCUUUCUUUCAUUUCUAGUGACGGAAACGACAGCAGAAAUAGUUUGUAUUGUGUGUAAAGAUGGCGCAAGCACAAGACCAAAUGAAAUUGUCCUCUGUGAUAAAUGCGGCGUGGGUAAGUGAUAUAAAAACUAUAUUCAGGGAGGACGGGAAGGCCCUUGGGGAAGGAAGCACCGACCUUAUUACACACUUAGGGGCUGUUUAUAUGUGCCACGCUGAUUCGUGUAACGAAAAUUUUUCCUUGGCUGCCACAGACGACUUGAAUUGACCUCAAGGAAAGUUUGCAGCCAACCUAAACCGACCAUUUGUUUCAACAUUAUUUUCCACAAUUCUUGAAACGGAAACGAGUCAGUCCGGUUUAAUAGACGGGCCAUCCCGGCUCAUAUAAACAACCCCUAACUUUUGUGUCGAAAAUGAGAAGUUGAACAUAAUUAUGUGUGUUAUAGCUUUCUGACCAAAGGCAAAGGCGUGUUUGCAAUUUGUGUGUUGGAAGUUAGAACUGAACCAGGAUCGCGUUUUAUGAUACGAUUUUAGGACAAAUCUUUAAAUGCGCAACGGGGACAAAUUCCCUUUAGCAAAGAGAAGGUAAAUUCUUCCAGGAUGAAACGCACUGAAACGACAUAUGCUAUUAUACAUACUAGCCUCCCUCAAGCCGCCAGGCUGCGGGGGCAACAGCACGUAAGGGAAGUCAUUCAGUCAAAUAUAGUAAAUUCUUCUCAAACGAACGAGGAAGCGGCCUCUUACGAACGCUAUAUUGUCUCGACUCGCGGCGACGCGGAAUUAAGGGGGAUGGGGCAAUGAGGAAACUUCUUUACUCGAAACCGUUUCUUUCAGAAUGUUAAAUGUCUACGUCAAUCGAUCUCCCCCCCCCCCCCCCCCCCCCAUUGGCCUCUGGGUGUAACGGGAAAUAGGAACAAAGGGAAGUGUGGAGAAAUUUUUCAUAAGCUGGUCUUAAAACGUUAAGUAUAGUAUAGUUCUUGAAUUGCGCGCGCGACCUCUUAGAAAAGCUAUAUCUCUACGUCAAUAUCUCACACCAGCGAUCAAGCUGCGACUAAUGAAAAGUUGUAAUGUUUAUUCAAGCAGUUAAGUGCAGCCACCUGCCUGACUACGACAGAUGCAAGACAUGUUUUAAAAUACAUUGUUAUAUUUACAUAUCGUAAAACAAUGAUAAUACAUUCAGCUUGCCAUAUGCAUAUGUGUCUGCAUAUCGGCCUGCUAUAUAAAUACCGGCUCCAGUGAGAGACGCGUGUGAAUCUAUAGAAUCUAGUUUGAUAUUAUGAUAUAUUAUCGGAAUUUGUUGCAUAUUUAAUAAAUAAAGCGUGGAACUUCGAAAUUUUCAUCAAUGCAUGAACGUGUUUCCAUGACUCGAGUUAUGAGAUGUCUUCUCGGCAAAGCUGUACAAAGCUGUCAAAAUUUAAAUUAACUUUUGUUUGGGAAGUUGUUCAGUUGCUAAGACAAAGUCUAAGAGAGCAAACUUAAUGUAAAAACUUUCAAUUGAUAUUUGUCUUCAUGCAAAACUUUGAAGAGGCCACAAUAUAUAUAAUACUUCAUUAAGACUCAUUUGUCACAUUUGAGUGCUCGUAUAUUUCUCAAAAAAAUUCCAAUCUUUCCGAAAAUCUAAGAUAAGUCUUACAAAUACUGCACGUCAAAGUAAAAACUUAUAAAAUUAAUAACCAUACAGGAUUAUUGAUAUUGCAUUUAAGUUUAAGAUGUAUAUUAGAGCUUUCCUAAGACGUGUUCAUGAGCAUGCACGAAGUACUAUCUUGCAACAGAUGGUUGUCUACCUGUAGUUAUCAGAAUUAAAAAACGAUGUUCAUUCUUUUCAUUUUAGAAGCCUUCUUUAUUUGGUAGCGAUAAUGAAUAAAUAAAAUUGAGAGCACUAGUUUAAAGUUCUUGCUUCUAUCAGGCAAUAUGAUCAUCGGUCAAUAUACUUCCCUUGAAACUUUGCAUGGCGAUAAAACACUAGGCUAUAUCUCUUGUGAAAACACCACGUACGUUCAUCAUUGCAAAGCUUUCUAUUCGUAAGCGCAGAUCUUCAUCAGCGCUAAUAAUAGAUCUUGUGAUAAAGACCCGGGAUUACGGAUCGAAAGCUUUGCAAAGCCGAUAAAUAUAUAUACGUGGAGUUUCCACAAGCCAAGAGAUAUAUUUCUGAAAUGGUUGAUCUGCACCAUCCGCUGCCCUGUGGCCGAGAUAUAAUAAUAUAUACACAGUGAACUUCAGUGUAUUUUCGUUGCGAAAAACUGGGGCUAGAAAAGUAGUAUGUGUAACGUGUUUAACCAGCUGGUACGGGAAAGUUAUUCAAGUUUGCUGACGAUAGACACAACUAAUCAUAAGUAAUCUAUACUAGUGUCGUUGAAACAUGCAGAAUAUAUCCAUGUUAAACCUGCAAAGUGCUUUCGCUCUCAGAAUAAUGAAUAAAUGAAGUUAAAGGUAGGAUGCUUGGUACUGAAAAGCUUUAUGUAUAUAGUGUUGAAACAUUAUAUCAUGCAUGAUUAAUACUACUUUACAUUUUCUCCAAAGCGGCUCCGUCUCUAAAUUGUGUAGCUUAAAGCGCUUAAAAUCUAGUUGACACUGGCGAAUUUUUAGGCGAGUUUCUGGUUGCGAAUAAGUGAACUCGCCGACAAAACAAAGAACCGUUAUUUGGAAGGAUACAUUCCUAAAUCUUGUUGCAUGUCACCCAUUCAAUUACAUCGCCUGGCGAAGAAGGCUCGCAGGCAAAAUUGCUAGCGUGAAUCAGGUUUAAAACGUAGCUUAGGAUUAAAUCCAGUGCAUGUAUGUAGGUAGACAAAGUCGAGUCAAACUCGGAAAACUCGACUAAAAAGGGAGAUAUAUAGGAGGAGAUCAAGGAUGGGAAGAUAUAUUGGAAACGAAGCGCCAGGUCGAAGAUCGCCUUUUCUGGCGUGGACAGUCAUAAGGGACCUUCCCUUGGCAAAUUGGUAGAAUACUCAUGCACUGACAACGAUGAUAGUCUAUAGAAGAUGUUAUAUUAUGCAAGAACAGGCUACAUUAUAGUUGGGUCUCUCCAUCAUUCAUAAUAUAUAUUUCACAUUCUUCUUCUUAAGAUUCUAUUUCAUGUCAGGCGAAUUGAAUAUUGUCGAUACAACCAGCGUUUUGCUACAUUUGUCACAGCUUUCUCUUUCCAGAACAGUCUCAAACUGCCCGUCGUAUUGUAUUAUUAAUUAGUUUAUAAUUACAACCUAUAUAGAGGCCUUAAAUAAAAGCCUUAUACGAGUUCUAGCUUUGCAGGCGGCAUCGGAAAAUGAAUUGGUUCAAUAUAUUAUUUUGUGUAUUGACUAAACGCGAUAAAAUCUUAGAUUAGAAGGAAAAAAAAUGGUCAAAGUCUAAGCAAAACGUGUAGUUCAGUUCGAAACAGCUUAUCACCAGCUUGCAAACUACGUCAGUGGCAUCUGACCAUCUUGCAUGUCAUAUAGACAUGAAACAAUUAAAUUACGUCUUUUCAAAUAGUAAAGCGUUAUUAUCAUCAUUAUUGACCGGCUCCCUACGUGAUGUGGGUUAUUAUAUAUGUAUAUCAAUGUAUAUCACAUGGGCUUUUAUCGGCGGUUACUAAAUCCCGGCUUUGGCGUAUUAAAUGAGGACUCGACGUCGUGGCCAUAAGAAACAAAGAAUUAGCAAAAAACUAACUAGUCGAAAUAAUAUUUUGCACCUUUGCGUGGGGGACGCGCGUGGAACACGCGUGGGACGCUCGAGGAGUACACGUGAGGGGAACGCGCGAGGGGCAUGGUUCUAGUAAUAUAGAACCCCCGGAAAUAUUUUUGAAUGCUUGAUUACAAUUUCAUAGCCAAAGCCAAAUGGAAUAUGGAAUACAUAUAUAACAUCAUUUUCUAUGACGAUUUUCCAAAAACAAUGAUAUCUUUAUCUAUAGUUUUAAUAUAUAUGGGCCCGCAAGUGCGGUACACUCUUAGUUAUAGUUUUUCAGACAAGAAACAACUUACUGGCUUCCUGGCCAGCGCCUGGGGCAAAAAUCAUGAAUUUUGUCAAAGUAGAUCAAUCUCAUUAAGGAAAUAUGGUUUUUACGAUGUAGAUACCGUAUCUAUACCUUAUUUAUAGAUCUAAUGUAUAUCUAGCUUCCAGAUCAGGCAUUCGUAGUUUUUAAUAAGAUCAUUUUAAGUCAUCACUGUUCUUACCCGACUAUUUGUUUUAUCUGGAUCUCUCCAAGAUAGAUGCGACAUUAAUUCCACGCAUUUCCCACAAUUCUUGAUUAAACGAAGUGACAUGAUACAAACUUUAUUUGACCAUGCUUUAAAUUAAAUGAAGAUACUUUUCUGACUUAGAACUACAGGUUCUACAACUAUACCACGAAAAUACUUGGCGAAGUAACAGAGAAUAGUUCUUUGAAUUCACACUCUCCUUGUCCCGCCCAGUAAAAGGGCAAGGGCACAGUUGUCCCCCACCCCCUCGUACUUCGGACAUCCCACAAUCCCAUAAGACAAAGCCAGCAAUGAAAAACAUUAUGGAAAGUAAUUUACUCCGUCUAAUACGAGCACCUGCACGAUGUUAAUUUACAUAUGCGUGUGAACUUAUACAGCAAAGACACGCAGUUGUCAUAUAUAUAUAUACUCACUGUUUACUCUGUCAAACGCCAGACGAUUUUAUUGGCCGGUAUAUAAAAGGCUAAACUAGGAAAGAACUUAUAAACUCUAAUACAAAGCGUGUACAGCAACACUACAAAGUUUUGUAUACGAAUAUUAAAACUGCAGGUCGCAUUUUUGUUUGGUUACAGGUAAUUGUAAGAACCCGCAAAAAGCAAUUAAAUAUUUUAAGAGACAAGCACUAAGAGCUUUUCUGAUAUUCAACUAAAUUGACUAUAGAUAAAAGCACCGCCUUACAUAUUUCAAUGAGGAAAAUAAAAACAAUUUAUUAUUCUAGACUUCUCAUUAGCGGAAAAUUUAUAUCCACUCUUUUAUAGUAUCUAGCAGAUAAACUUAUCUUAGAACAAGACGUGAUGCUGCGUUAUCACCGAGCGGAAUUUGGAAGCAUACUGACAUUGCUUUGGCGUUCAUGCAAGGGAUAAAACCGCGUAAAACACGCGGAUAUACUCAUGUGCUCAGGGCGAUUGAUUUGCAUAUCAGGAUUCCGAAUUUAUCCCGAAUCCAUUUCGAACCUACUAGCUUCGGUUUGAUACAAUCACGCCCAAUAUAAUCCAUCAAAAGUUGUAGUUUAACAUAGCGCGCGAUGCAAAAUUACUUUGCGUUCGAAAAGUAAUUAUUUACACUAUUCAACAGUGUUUACUUAGCGCGACCAUCAUUAAUAUUGAUAGAGAUGACAUCGUUUCGCGUUUCAGCUGUUCUUGAUGCACAAACAAACGUUUACGUAAAUUUAGCAUCGUACCGACGCGAGCUGAAAUAACGCCUUUAAAACUGGAAAAGGUUUGCGCAAAAAGCUUGCAAAUAUAGAGACGCCUGCAUUUCGACGAGAAGUGGGAAUCGUUCGAAGUAGCUUAUGUUAUAAGCGGUGUGAAAACAAGUUGAUGUAAUUAAUAACAAGAGUGAUAGCUCGUCGACGCUUAUAUUAGCGACGAACAGGUGUAACUGCGAGUUGACAACCGCGGUAAGAGCUUUUACGGCAUACACGCAGAGCUUCGUUUGUUAUAAACAUUACUGUUAUAAGCUCAACACCGCAGGGAAAAAUUAUAACUUUACCUUGGCAUUAUUGUGUCUGGAAACUAACAGGCAAGUAUUUUGUACGUAUCUGAAUCUUAAAUCUAGUUCAAACUUCGAGUACUUUAUGAUAGUCAACGUAUUUUGUUAUUUCGCUUCGUUUCAGCGUCUUAGCUUAAUGCGUUCAUAUAAAGCAAAGCUACAACUAUCUUUUUGUACAUUAUUCUAAGCAAUUUCUGGGGAGUAUUGUUUUAGGGGAUAUUGUUUUAAUACGGAGUAGAAUACUGCUGUAAUAUAAGUCUGAUAACAUAAUCCAUGCACUGUACAAUAUUUGCAAUAUAUUACGACAAUAUAUGCUAUUUACAUAUGCCCGGCUAGUAAUUAUGGCAAAGAAGUGGGUGACAUAUGGAACCCGGGGUUAUAAAGCAGAGGCACCCGAGGAGGAGGGGGGGGGGGUUAGCUUUCUAACUAAACCGAAACGCCAACACAUCUCCAGCUGAGAUUGGCGCGUUUGGGGCUAGGGUCGGGGCUUGAUAACACUUCUGUGAGUUUUUUUAUAACAUUUCUGUGAAAAGAAUUAAAUAUCUGGGUUUCACUAUAUAGCAACAAUCUUGGACAAAACCCUUGAGAUAAUUCCAGCCAAUAUUAUAAAGUUAUUCAACAUUGACAACACAAGCUUUGUCUCCCCCUCCCCCCCCCCCCCAAGUUCAAUGUUGUAAACAACGCCGAAACAACUUUUGGUAAUAUACCAUAACACAAGCUCAACAUUGAGUUGGGGGAGCGGGGGUUUAAAAAAAUAUGCGAAUUUUCUGUAGGGGGAAAAUAGUUUCAACCAGUUAUAUGUCCAAGAUCAGUGUAGCACUAUCGUGCAACAGAUGGUAUAGUCAAAUAUCAGAAAUAUAAGUUUCCUUGUAUUUGUAUAUAGGUAAUAGUAUGCCUUCGAGUGCAAUUUGGAAAAAAUAACACGCACGAGUGAGUUUUUCAAAGACUAUAAAAAUUGCACUAGUCCUGAAAGGACGAGUGUAAUUUGAAGUCUUUGAAAAACUCAAUAGUGUAUGUUUUUUCAAAUUGCACGAGAAACCAUACUAGCUAUUACUUAUUAACCCAUUGAGUCGCAUUGCACCCUGAUGCAUCCUACUUUAGUAUUUUACUCUGCCGGUCUAACGCCAGACGAUUUUACUCGUCAAGGGGAGAGCGCUGGCGCUUAAUGGGUUAACUGGCCUAUCUGCCCAUGUGUCUAGUUAACCCAUUGAGUCGCAUUGCACUCUGAUGCACCCUAGCUACUUUAGUAUUUUACUCUGUCUAACGCCAGACGAUUUUACUCGUCAAGGGGAGAGCGCUGGCGCUUAAUGGGUUAAUUAGUAUACACAUGAAAAAAUUAUAAAUUAGGAAAAUUAAGAAAUUGGCACUGUAUUUCUUUUUUGGCACUGUAUUACAUUUUUUGGCACUCUAUUUCGAAAAAGAUGCACUGCUCUGAGCCAAUCGAAAUUGAGAAAUUUUUUCAUGUAUAUUAUUUGGAGAAAAAUAAAACAGAAUUGAGAGACAUGGUUGUUCGUUCAAAUGUCAACAUUCAGUCUAACAGGUUUUCCACACAUUUGAGGCUUAUGUGAAGACUGUAUAAACUUUUUAAAUUUUUUGUCGAAAAGCUCAAAGGGAGUCAAAGCGAAACAUAGUGGGUGUGAUUCUGGUGUGUGUCGUUCACCUUUGACGGUGGGAUUAGCCAUUCCGAAGUUGAUAAGCGGACUGGGGACGAGUGUUAAAAAAUGUCCAAAUUAAGAAAUGAACCAAAUCACUAAAAAGACCACCUCAAAAUUAGCAAGUAUACAAAGUUUGAAGACGUUUACAUGAAUCCCCUUCGAAUAAUACGCUUUCGAAAAUUGUGAAAUUACUGAUUAAAAGAUUGUUUUUGGGAUGCGCGUCCCCAAAAACAAAAAUUAACAAUACAUUUCAUAGUAAAUAUCGCGAUUUUCGAAAGCUUAUUAUUCGAAGGGUAUCCAUGUAGAUGUCUUCAAACUCUGUAUACUUACUAAUUUCGAGGCGGUUGUUUUAGUGAUUUGGUUCAUUUCUUAAUUUGGGCACUUUUUAACAUUCGUCCCCAGUCCACUCAUCAACUUCGGAAGGGCUAAUUUGGGUUUCGAUUGAUGCUGAAUCACUGUUGCAGUCUUGCAGACGAGGUUGUAUUAUACUUUGACCCUCAAAACUACAAUUAUAUGUUAUCUAAAAAAAAUAAUUUACUCGUGUGAUGUCGGGUCAAAGGCAACAUUCGCGGGCGGAAAAUUAAUCUCCUGGCUUUAAUUAUAAUAAUUGCAACACCCACAUUUAAUUGAUACAUGGAAAAUAUAUAAAAAUAAAUAAUUGAUUGUAGGAAGUCAGGUAGAAUAUUUUUUCACCUUACUACAUUUAUACCAUUAUGCAGUUGGUUAUAUGAAGACCUCAGCUUUUAAAAGAGUUGCCAGUUUCGUGUUUAUUUAUUCAUUGUGAAACAGUCGCUGUUACUGCAUUUUACUCUGUGAUAACAUCAUUAAAUAUGAUAAUUAAAAGUGUAUGUUAAUAAACGUGGCUAAAUGAAUUAAUGCACCUGGUUAGGAUUACAAAUUAGCACAGAAUAGUGUUUUGCAAUAACAUUAUCGGCAACUAUUUAAUGAAUAAUUCAUUGGACAUUGAAUGUAAAAGUCAACGUGGCUUAAUCUAACAUGUGAGACACUCGUAUCGUCCACACAGCGAAAGUCACGCGCGUAGGAGUAAAAAAUAGUCUUAGUCCAGCAACGUGCUUUGUACUUGUGAAUCUCUCUUGCCAUCAACCCAAAUGAACAAGCUCUUGCAGUGAUUGGAACCGUUUACGACGAUGAAACGCAAUUAAACCAAAUAAAUAUUCUGGCGAACGAGUUCCAUUUCAACAACAAUACCGAUCCACACAAAACAGUUCAGUUUAAGCUGGAAUUCACCGCCAAGAAUGAUAGUCAUGCUUUUGUUAUGUGAAAAUUGAAAGUAGUAUAGAAACCAUAUGUCGUAUUAAGAUUGUGAAAGGCGUGCCAACAAGUCUUCUGCAGAGCAAAGCUGUAAAAAAACAUUCCGUUUUGCGAUAAUGAAAGGUGCGGUGACACUUCACACUAGACAAAGAUUUAAAAACAUGACCAACUACAAAUCAGGUGAGGUUUCGCCUUAUCUACGGUCAUGCAACAACGAAACGGUUAAUUAUUUUCAUUGUAUGUCGCAGUCUUGUACUUGCUGACAAAUAACUACAAUUCAAACUUUCAAAGAUGCAGUUGAUUUUCUUUUCUUAUAUAUAAGUUGUCCGGUCAUUUGCCACCGGCAAUGCUACUACUGAAUCAAUAUUGUGCGCUUUUGUUUUUUCUUUUUCCCACGAAAAACGAGGAACAAUACUAUAUAUAUACCUUAUAACUCAUGGCCUAUAUUGACAAUUUAUCGUUUUACAAACUAGGCUAUCAUCAGAAAUGUCAUAAUCCUGUCAUUGAAGACAAAGCGUUAGAGCCUGAAGAGCCAUGGAUGUGUGUCUUCUGUACAAAUGGUUCUGAGUGCCCACACUUGUUGAAUCCAUUCGAAACAAAACUACGUAAAGAUCUCAGUUCAAUGUCCAUGAAGAAAAGCAGAGAGGAUUCGAAGGUAUUUGAUAUUCAUUAUUUGUUUUUGUGGUAAACAUUGUUCAACAUUCUUUAUCUUGCGAUGAUUUCGAUCCGUAAGCCUGAUUGUCGCGCAGAUCUUCAUCAAUGGAAGCUGAUCGGAUUUGCCACACGAAGGCUGUUCCAAAUGUUCUGGUUGUUUCGGUGCAUGCACGACAUCUAUUUCGCAAUUUCGAAAGCGGAUCUUAAACAAAUCACGUUUAAAUUAAACUCAUUGUUCUCAGCUUGAAAAUUAUGAAAAGGCACAGUCGUGGAGUUCUAGACGCUUGAUUCCUCAUUCUUCAAUCUAGUAUUUCGUUGCUUAGGAAAUAGGGACUAUUUCGUAAAUCCAGCGGGUAUGCUGAAAAAUAAAGUUGCUGCAGAGCGCCUAGUAAAUCAGCCAAUAUUGGGGGUUUUGACUCACUCUUAAGCUUGAGGUACAAAUUUGGAAAUCCUAAUACAUAUGAUUCUAAUGACUCGACGAUUCUAGGAGCGUAUUCAUUACAUUCUCGGCUGGACUCUGUAGCUCAGUUGGUUCGGAGCGUUGCACCGCAGGCGGAGGGCUGCAAGUUCGAUUCCUACCAAAGGGUUCAUAACUGCUCUAAUAAAUGUAUAAAAUUCACACUCGAAACUCCAAUCUAUGAAGCCCUUCUAUACAAGUGGUUAUAUAGAGUGUGGAUACCCAGAAUCUUGAUAUUUACCCACACUGCUUCCAAAUACUACAGUCCUGCUUAACUUAAAGGAUUAGUGGCACACCAGGAAUUCGCGGGCUCAAACUCCUGCUGGCGGCCAUUUUUCGGGACGAAUAGAAUAGAUGAUCUGGAAAGUUUUUACAAUCCGUCAUAUAUUUAAACCAUCCUUUUCUAAUCCUUGCUCUUUUUGUCUGAUUUUUAUCAGAAAUGUACCAAACAAGGUAUUUUUAUCGCUAUUUGUUGUAUUUGAGUAAAAUGUAAACAAUAACAAAAGCCCGCAAUGCAUGUAAUGACCCUGACACUAAUUCUUUAAUAAAUAUAUAUAUAUAUAUAUAUAUAUAUAUAUAUAUAUAUAUAUAUAUAUAUAUAUAUAUAUAUAUAUAUAUAUAUAUAUAUAUAUAUAUAUAUAUAUAUAUAUAUAUAUAUAUAUAUAUAAAUUAAGGUGCAACAAUCAACAAAAUCCACUAGGCAUUUUUAUUACUAAAUAGUUUCGUACCACAAAAUGUGGCACUCUUCAGAUAAAUUGACCUAAUGACUAUAGACUACUAAAAAGCGAUACAGCGAUACAACGAUACAGCGAUACAGGAACCGGAACCUGGAACCGGAACCUGGAACCGUGCAUAAUUUAUGCAAAUUAGAGCAUUUUGCACCACAUCAGAUAUAUAUGAUAAUAAUUUACAGGGGGGGGGACGCAAUUCAAAGAUAGUACAAUAUAUUACAAGUGAAGCAUUUUGAUUUUCUAAACAAAAGGAAUGAACAUCGUUGUAACACUAUAUUACAAAGUAAAACAUGUUUCGUAAUUGCGCGGCGACUCUUUUUGUCUGGUAUGAUACUGAACUGCAUGUGACGCACUUAGUUUAUUUAGCCGCCGCACUUGACUAUGAAAUGCAAGCAGACAAAGAAAGAAAGAAACCACGGCACACAAAGCAGAUUGCGCUGAAUUCAGCAGCAAUUGUGCUCUAAAGUAUUAAAUUUGAGUGUAGUGUAGUGUAUGAUGCAAUCCAACAUUGAAUGUCUAUAUACGCUGCAAUAUUGCGAAUAUAUGCUGCAUACUAAAAAUAUCUCAGUGCUUGAACAUCUAUAGCCUGCGUCACAGGAACAUCAAUCACAAACAUAAAUGAAGUUGCAUGUCGUAACUUCAAUGUCAUUUAAUUAAAUUAAUCAAUUUUAAUUUAUUACAUUUACUAAUGAAAAAUGGAAAUGUCUGAUUGAAAUUCAGCGUCAAAAUUAACUUACCGUGUCUCUCACCCUAAUUAUAACUCUGAGUCGAGUCAGGUUUUCCCCUUUCCUGGUCUAUUAACAUCGCAAAGGGUGAAUUAUGAAGGGAAAAACAUGAACUAAAUAUUCAUUUAUACAAUUAUAUACCGACGCAUUUUAGUUUUAGUAUAACCUUUCAACUCCGUUAGCUACUUCUGCGUAUGAUCUCUUAGUCUUGCUGAACAUGAUUCAUCAAAAACUGAUUAUAUAUAUAUAAUUUCCAACUGAAGGCAAUAAGUAUAACAAAAUAUAAUAAAAAGACUCUAUAUGGUUGUUAUGCCUUCAACACUGAAUACGUAUAAUGUGUACACCACUUUAUGUAACAGGCUACUCACAACUAACUGGAUAAACUUUUUGUCACAUUUUUGUAUUAUCUGGGUUUAAAUAUAUCAGAUAUCAAGUACCGUUUCCGACAUUAAAGUAAAAUCUGAAAUAGAAGCUGUUAAAGCAACUAAACUUUGACAUGGCCAUGGGGGCCAUUCAACAUUUAUUAUUAUCGGCAUUGUCCAUUGAAGUUGCAUUGUACAUCCUAACAUCCCUAUUUGUUUUCGACGCUGAAUUUCAAUCACACAUUUUAAUUUUUCAUUAUUAAUUAAAUGUAUUUUUGACAUAAUAUUGAAGUUACCUUCAUAAUUUGUAAUUGAUAUUUAAGCGGAUAUUUUUAGUAUGCAGUAUAUUCGCAAUAUUCGCAGCGUAUAUAGCACAUUUAGAGGAUUGCAUCACAUACUACACUAUACACUGAGUACACUCUAAUAAAUAUACUUUAGAGCACAAUUACUGUUGAAUUAAGCGCAAUCUGCUUUGCGUGCCUUGGUUUCUUUCUCUGUCUGCUGGCAUUUCAAGUGCGGCAACUAAAUAAACCAGUGUGUCACAUGCAGUUAUAUCAAACCAGACAAAAAGAAUCGCCGCGCAAUUACGAAACAUGUUUUACUUUGUAAUAUAGUGUUACAACGAUGUUCAUUCUUUUCGUUUAGAAAAUCAAAAUGCUUCACUUGUAAUAUAUUGUACUAUCUUUGAAUUGCGUCCCCCCCCUGUAAAUUAUUAUCAUGUAUAUCUCCUGUGGUGCAAGAUGCUCUAAUUUGCAUAAAUUAUGCUCGGUUCCAGGUUCCGGUUCCAGGUUCCGGUUCCUGUAUCGCUGUAUCGUUGUAUCGCUGUAUCGCUUUUUAGUAGUAGCUGGUAUCAUCACGACAGACUGGAGUCAUCUAUAACAUGAUUACAGUCCAAAAUCCAGAUCUAGCCGAUAAUUUGAAAAAAAGAUAAAAUAAAACACAUUCCAAAAAGAUGCAUCUUGACGAUCCGCGAUACGGAUUAAAAACAAAACAAAGUUUUAUAUGGUGAUAUUUUCACUUUAUUUCAAAGCUUUCCGAAGAAGGUUUCGAAAUAAAGUGAAGUACACCAUAUAAAAUUUUGUCAAGAUUUUAAAUCCGUAUCUUGAAUUUUCGGCAAGAUGCAUCUAUUUGGAAUUUGGUUUAUUUUAUAUGAUUUUAAUCUCCAUACUAUAUGAAGCAGUUUGUGACAGGGCGAUGCGAAAGAGCAUGCGCAAAACAGCAGGCUGGCGGCAUUAAACAGGUGCACCACAAGCGGGAAGACAUAGUAUUUUUGAAUAACUACCAAAGCGUAUGAUUCCAUACAAACUAACAUACUAACAAACUAACGCCCGAAUCAAAGCGAUGCCCACUUCAUUUGGGUACCGCAUACGCUUCCAGACUUCUAGACUCAAUGAGUCCACGACAACAGGAGAUACUGCAUUCCUCGUCUUAGUAGAUCAAAUCUGAAUGUAGGUCAGGUCAUGUUUGAAGAGAGGUCAUCGGAUGUUUGAAGUACUUAUUUCCGUGGUAUCUUUUAUCACUUUCCUACAACCAACACCCCGAUACAUCAUUCAACAAUAUUAGUUCUUUGUACGAAUUGACGUCAUUAUAUGCUUAGACGGAGUAUUUAUAAAAUUGAUGUGUAUUGCACUAACAUUUGUAUGGACUGAAACUUUUGAAGAACGCUGAACUAAAUGUUGGUUUAUACCAUCGACGUUUCUGUGGUCCUACCAAGUUUUGAAGGAUUUGUAGGAAAUGUUUGAGGGAAACGACUUAUUGUUUAACGCUGAGCCAGUUCGAUCCCACGAACUUCUCAAAUCCUUCAAAACAUAGAAAUCACAAAAACUAUAGUCUAUAGUGUACUAUCCAGCCCAUACAAAACCCUAGUUCUUAGAUAGAUUAUCAUCUCAAUUCUGAAACAUAUAUAUAUAUACCAUAUUAGGUUUAGUAUUUAACGGAUGCGAUCCUAGUCGUUCCUAGAACAUAUGUUCCUUUUCACACAAAUGUAUGAUGUACCGGAUUAUCUGAUAACCUUAUUUUUUGGCGAUAUUCCCAGAAUACGACAGGUUUAAUGCUUGUUAGACCUAAUAUGCCAAGUACGAUAAAUUUGAAAACAUAAUAGUACAUUAUAAUGGUUAAGGUCCAUGGUUUGGUUUGAUUUUAAAUCGCGGGAAUCGAUCAAUUUAAUGUUCAGGGAUAUUUAUUAGGAUAAAAUUUUAAUUCUGGUUAGUAAGGAAAAUAAUUAGUCAUGUCUUCGUGAUUCAAAUUCUUUUAAGAAAUUAAGAUUUUUGAAGAUAUACUUCUUAACGGGAACUAAAACUCAAGUGGCUGUCCGGACAAGGCGGAUAUUUCGUCUGCAAACGAUUGUUUUGAAGAAAAAAUCAAGACAAAAGGUUGUUAAAGACUCAUUAUCAAGUUUCCGUUGGCUUGUAAAAAUGUUCCUGUUUUCGCGUGGGGUGUCAUUAUAAAACUAUAAAAUGUAUAUAAAAAUUAUAGUAUCUAGUAAAUUUCUGCCAACAAACGAGGCCAGCAAAAUUAGGUUAGGAAAGCGCAUGGAGAAGACUCGAACAUAAAAUUAUACAACUAUAUAAAUUGUUCAAAAAUAUCACAAAAAAUUCUGCUGACUAAAUGCAUUGAAGCCACGUUUGUGGCCAAAUUACAUAUUGUGUAAACAUAUCAAAAAAAAUUCCUAAGCCUAUAGGCUAUAUAUAGAGUGAUAAGCCCAGACGUGAAUUUAACCCACAAAAUCGGGAGUAUUCUUAAAUAAACAAAAAAAUUAAACAUUUAGCAAUACAUAUUUGGUUAAAAUUCGUGUAGGCAUUAUUACUUGUGGUGUUCCUCAAGGAUAAAAAAGGUAUCGUGCUUUCUCGCAUGCCUCGUAUAGCAAUUAAUCAAUGUGAAAUAAAACACAUUUUAUUUUGCCUCGUAUAGCAAUUAAUCAAUGUGAAAUAAAACACAUUUUAUUGUCCUAUAAUUAAUAAUUCUUAAAAUAACAGAUUUACAUGUUAUAUAUAAACACAGUUUGUGUACCUCGAGGGUAAAAAAAACUACUGGUCGAUAAAAAAAUGCAUAAAAAUUGAAUAGGUGUUUAAUUGUCCCACAGUAAUCCGAAAGAAUAACAGAUUAACUUGUUGGAGAUUUUCAGUUUUGCGGUAUUUUUCAAGGAGCUAAAACAAUCUGCUCAAUCUAUGAAAAUAUUGCAUACAAGAUUAAUGUGUGUGUAGGAUUGUCCCAGAGUAAUUCCCCCAAAACAUAUUGUAUAUAAACUUUUUUUGUGGUGUUCCUCAAAGUUCGAAAAACUCCGUCCGAAUCAGCUCAGCGCUUUUGUGCCACACGGAGAGAACAAAUUAAAAAUUAGAAUUAUACUUAGUAGUUAUAAUUGAUCAAAAUUUGUUAGGACAUAGAAGCAAUACCAUGCCUUACUGGCCUUACUGGAACACAUCGAUAUGAUUGAACAAGAAUAUCCCAGCCCACUCGGCACUCUAUCAAAUUCCAAAGACAAUAACUAAAUGGCUCGCGUGUGCUAUUAUGCUCAUGAGUCAUGACUGAUCACCAGACAACAUUAAAUAUGAACAUAAUUUGUGGUAUACCACAAGGAUCAAAUCCUACCCCACUUUCGCAAAAAUCUCUAAGAUAAAUAUGCUCGCGUGCGUACUAAUGUCCCCCUAAUCUCUAGAAUAACAACAUUACAUACAUGUUCACCUGUCUGUGUCUCCAGGCCUGAAACACUUACUAAAACAUUAACAUAUUUGUGGUCUUCCUCAAUUAAAAAAAAACAACUUAUGUAUACACCAAUAUGUAGGCCUAUAUAACAAUAAUUGAAGAGAAAAAUGCGACCAGACGCAAAUAGUAUCAAUUUGUAUCGAAUUAUAUAACAUGAUUAUGAUCAAAUUAAUUUUUGAGGUGUAUCUCAAGAAAAAUUCCAAAGAGAAUAAUCUCGCAUCAUUAUUACCAAACACUAGGGCAGGUUGUUCGAAGCUGUUAAGCUUAGUCCACAGUUAAUGAUAAAGUUCAAAACAAAACUUUCCGUCGGCUUGUUUAUAAGCUUAGACGUUAGACCAGCUGCUACGGGCUAAUCUUUCAAGAAAUCCAACCUGGCUCAAAUGAGGUUAUGAUAUAAGCAGACAUACAGGCUAAAUGUUAACCUAAGGUUAACACAAAUCGUGGUUUGGACAACUGAUGAUUAAAAUAAACACGUUACGUGUUUGUAAAUGUGGCUUAGCAAUAUGGGGUCACAAAAGAUUCUUUCACAAAACUCCCACCCACAACUAUGUGGCCUGAAGGCUAUCAUUCCUGUUGAUCUAUAACUGUUACAAAUCAUUUCACAAAAAGAUUAGUGGCGGCAUUUCUUUGUCAUCUCACUCGAUUGACGUCACAAGGGGAACUCAUUAAGUCCAUAUCAAGGGCCAGUAUAUAACAUGUGAAAACGGAAGCCUCAUUGUUUGUCGUCAGAAGCGAUAGAUGAAGGGUUUUCGAUGCACGUCUUCGGUUUUUGAUGUAAACAUAUUGGAUAUUGGACCAAUACAGAGAGCACAAUAUACGAAGCACAUUUGACAAAGUAAAAUUGUUACAUUACACACAAGGAGUUAUAUAUCACAAGGAAUUAUAUAUAGUUGCGCAAUUUUGAAAGUCAAAAGACUAUUCUACGAGGACUGGUAUAUAUUACAAACCUAUUUGAUGUGAUGUGCUACAUGGGAAGUUAUUCAAGCUUCAUGUAUGUGGAUUUUGAGCGAAAUUUUAAGCCAUGGAAUAUGUUCAAACUGAUGGUGUAAUAUUUCUCACAUCGCCUCGUUGUGGUUAGUAAUUUGAAAACACUAUAUAACAGAGGGUAAUAUUUAUAUACGCAGCAGGGUAUUAUAGUCAGAUAUAGACCGGAUAGGAAUAUUAGUAUUCUUAACAACACGAGUUAUUACUAUUAGUAAUAGUUUUUAUAAAUUAGUAAUAUAGUUUAUCUACAUUACGACACAUCAUUACUAGAGCUACAAGACAAAAUUUAUCAAUUAUCAUUUUAUCUUUCAACCAUAAGUUUAUCUUACUGAGUUACAUGCAAUUAUAUACAUUUUGCCGGCAGUAAUUAUUCAACGGGAGAGCCAAAGCAAUAAAUGCGCUAACAAUUUUCAUUGUGGAAAUUAUUUUAUCAAUUCACAAACGUCUUAAAAUGCAUUAUAAAGUUACGUAAUUUGUAAAAAAAGCUAAUUCCUCAUUCUCCGAAUGUGCAGCGGUAAUUCAAUGUUGGACCAUUAUGAAAACUGGCUCUAUAAAAUGUGGUAGAAAUUAACCCAACUUAAGCUUUCCUGAAUCGAAAUUUGAUUCCAAAUAAUCUAAUAAAGCUUAGCUUUUGAGCGCAGCCCAUUUACUGACCUGAUGACAAAGAGUCUUUGGCAGGCGGUCAGGAUUUAUUGAAUGAUUGUAUACAAUAAUUACCAUAAAAAAAACCCCUAAAAUGUGUAAGGAGAACCAGUCGAAGAUAGGAAUUACUCGUUUCUCGUGUAUGUACAAACUAAUACAAUAUACAAAACAUCUUUUCGACACACUACAUAACACAACGAGAGUUACGAGACGAGAUUUCACUAGAUUCAUCGAAUAUAAAACAUUGCGUGAUAGUAUUGAUUCUAUGAAAACUCCUUUAAUAGAUCAACAAUAUAAGGUCAAUUAAUCUUAUCUCACAUAUUUACGUCAUUAUACGAUCAAUGUAUACUUAUAUCACGCCGAGAUUAUACUAUACGCACAAAGGACGGGCAUAAUUUUCUACAGAAAGAGAUAUUUGAGAACAAUAAGGAAUAUUUUUUUACCAAUUUAAUAUAAUUUUACAUAAUUCGUCUCAACUAAACGUGACAUAAAGUUUGGCCACGUUCAUGACGUGUCCUCUAUAUAAUCCUGCAAUUAAUGCGGGAUAACAUCGUAGUUUUUUUUUAUUGUCUUAGACUUCCAGUAGUGCUACAAUCUUUCAUCGUUGCCAGCAUAAAUCUCAACAAUAUGGAAGAUGCCAGGAUUAAGACAUCAUCCAUAAUUAUUUUAAUUAUCAGAUCAUCAGAACUCUUUGAAGGCAAUGGCCCUGACAGCCCCAAGCUCGUUAAUUAAGAAAAUUUGGUCAGUCUGAAGUUUAUUAAAACAUAAAUCUAUCCGCAGCUUGUUUACGUUAAAUCGCUAAUCCAAAGCAGAUGAUCAAGUUUAGAAUUACGGAACAUUAAUUAAGAUUAGAGGUCGGUUUUACCCGUGGUUUUACUAAAAACUAUCGUCCAGCAGAUGGUUAAACUUGCGGUUAUCAGAGUGAGAAAAAAUUCAUUAUAUGUUAGUAGUCGUGUAUAUUUGGUGGCAAAUAAAUAGAACAGAGAGAUCAUGUUUAGUGCUUCCUAUAAUAAGUGACAAUAUUUCUUGGAAUUGACCACCAUCGGUUGCUCGCACUGAUUGACCAGCAUGCAUCCAUCAAUUGCCAGACAGCGGCAUAUUGCAAAAAUCAAACUCAAGUCUCGACAGGUGAAAUGUACAUGGCCUUAUUAUGCAGGUCAAGUUGGGCGAUGGCAGUAAAUAUUUUGAUGAUAGAUUUCCGAGGUAUUAAAUUCAAUCUUGUUAAGUGGUGAAAUUUUACCAAGUCAUUAUUGUCGAACGUCGAAGGGAAAUGUGGGCGAAUGUAUUCAUUAAUUAGUGCGAAGCUCAUCAGUAUUAGGGUUAAUUUUAUGAGUAGUCUUUGUAAAAUAAGUUCUUCGUUCUCUUCGGCGAAUUAUCAGUAUAUUGUUCAUUUAUAUAUUGGCUUUGCAAGAUAAAACAAUUAUUACUCUAGUUGCAAAAUAUAGUUAUGAUGUUCUGGUAUUUAUGUUGAUUAAAUAUUAUCAUAUCUUUUAAGGAUCUCCCCUUCAAAACAGGAAUAUGCAUGUUGCAUAGUUCUUACUAAGGAUUUUUUAAACAUUUUUUCCAAUGGCGUUUAUGACAACAAAAUUCUCAAAAUGUUCCGGAUGGCGACGUCGGAUUACCCACUAGCACAUAACGCGCGGUUGUGCUGACAUCUGCUACGAAUGCCUGACAUUGAACUCAGAAUAUGUAAAUCUGAGCUGGUAUCUUCAUUUUCAGAGUAGUAUUAUCUGCGAUAUUUUUCAUCAGCGAAAAAAACGCUGGGGGUAAAGCUCUGAUCAAACGUUGAUGAGAGUUGAGAAGCGAACGGUUUGUUCAGAGAGUUAUCUCAACUCUGGUAGCCCGGUCGAACGAGAACAAGAGUUGCAUGAGAGUUUAUGGGAGUUGACUGGAUAUUACCGCGCGAUUACAAAAACUUUAUCAACUCUCAUAAAAAAAUGUGAAGCAUCUCAAAGUCAAUGAGGGUCGAUCAGCCAACCAAACUCUACUUAUACAUGAGUUUUCAAACACUGGGACCAAGAGUGGCAUGAGAGUUAAUGAAAGUUGACUGGAUGUUCUGGUUAAACGAGCAAAAACUCACAUCAAAAACUUGAACCAGCUCAAAGUUCAUGAAAGUGGAUAGCCUUGAAGACUGUCGGCUGGAUCAUAGUAUAAGUAUAAAGUAGUUCUUAAAUGUAUGUUAUAAACUAGAAAAAUAUUGAAGUAUAUAUUUCAACAUUCUACCAUGCAUUCUAUUAUUCUAACAUUCAACAACUCUCAACAAAAUGUGCAUUGAACCGCAGUUCAAAGUUGCAUGAGAAUGCGCAUGAGAGUUGGUAUAAACAGCUGGCGGUAUGGGUGUGAAGGCAUGGCCUUGAAUGACCAUCAAGCAGGAAUUUUAUGUUUAUUUAUAGAGUGCGUGGUGAACUGUUGUUUCCUCCGGUUGCUUAUCAGCCGGCUUGGUGAAUAGUCAAGCUGAAAUCUGGCUAUAGUUAAUUUUGUAAUGAUAUAUAUGUGAAUAAGGACACCUAAUGUACCUGCGUCAUCGCCUAUCUUUGAGCGCUAUUUGCUUUAUAAUGUACUAUUUAUUUAAUGUUGCCAUUGUGUAUACAUAUAAAAAAUGGAAUCGGUCAUUAGACAGAUAGAUAAUGCUAUAAAAAACUCCAUUUUUUACGUUCCCAAAUAUUUUAAUUGUCUUUUUGUGGGAACAAAGAUUUAAGACGUCUCGUGCAUUAGAAGUUAUUUGCCCUUUGGCUGACAUUGUACUUACUGAGAGGGAUUUUCACAGCUGGGUUAAGUCUUAAGAGCUAUUUCGUAGCUCGCUCUCAAGCAAUAAUCUCGUUGGAAAAUAGGCACGUAUAGCCGAGGUGUGAUUGACUCAACAUGCUGUGACAAAGUUUUCUAGAACGUACACGUCAUAUUUGCAUGUAACAAGCUUGAUACAGGUUUGUCACAACUUGUCAACAAGCCGGGACUGAGAAGCAUUGACAACCAAGGCCAGGGUCAAACGUCGAACUUUUCAUGUGCCGAACCUAAUGUUAAUGAGCUAAGUUCUUUGUUUCAUUUCAUUUGCAUUAGGUUCGGCGCAUGAAAAGUACCUUAACUGAUGGCUGAUAACGAAACAAUAAUUUGCGACUGACAUCUUAAAAAAUAUUUUACUGACAGCUAACAAUUUGCUUGGAUUACGCCCGUAGGUUUUAAUUCUGCAAAGGCAGCCAAUCUUCGAAUAGAGCUAGGUUAUACGUAGUCUGCGAACCCAGAUGUCAUUUCCCACGCUUAUGCACUUGUCAAUGUUUAGCCCCGGGGGGGGGGGGGAUACCCGGGUGAUUUGACUUAGUUUGUCUUCCCGAGGGUGGGGAAAAAUAAGAAAUUUGACAUUUUCUCAAGGUCCCAGGGUGGGGGGAAUUUGACAUGGUCGCGCAAUAGUCUGGGCACGAGUUUUUCCUCAUCCUUGUCCCCAGGACUAAACUUGGUCGCCAUUUUGCAUAUGGGACUGUGGGACUUCAUUAAUAUUCCUUGCUGGAAAGAAAAGUUAUUUUCCGAGCAAAGAAUGAGCGUGGGAAAUGACGUCUGGGUUCGCAGACUAGGUUAUACGCUACGCAAUACCAGCUAUAUAAACUCCAGGCUUAAAAAGCUAGCAUCACAUUUGGAGUUGACCUGUAAUUCAUGAUUUCUUAAUUUAAACGAGGAUGAGAGAUCACGCAUUGUUACAGCGGACAUUUCAAGCUCUAGAUGAACAAAAUAAAUGUUUGAUGAAUGUUCCAACUAUGUUUUAACUUCAAUAGAAUACAUGAUAGUGUUGGGAAAGCAUUAAGAACAGCUAACCAAGAUCACGUGACUGUCAACUCUCUUGCACUCUCAUCCUCAUUUCAUCCUGGCUUAGGUUUGAACUUUCGAAGCGCACAUAUUGAAUUUCGAGUUUGCCCUUGAAUGUAGCGUCGCUUCAUUGCUCCCUGACUGUACGAGAGUCAGACAAUGCUUGGAUUCCAAAGAGGCACAUUAAGACCUUCGUAAAGGACCUAAAACUGUCGCAUUGCUUACAACCUGAGUUGUACUGUGUAAAUCAAGUACACAACUGGUCUACGACAACGUAGAAGUGUUGUGUGCUUGAUUUACACAGUACAAUUCAAGUUGUAAGCAAGUUACAUGCGACAGUAAAAGUGAGUGUGUAUCGGUGUUAACGUCGGUAUUCCUCUCUUUCAGGAUAAUCACUACAUGUCACACCACGCUGCUGGAUUUAUACCCAACAACCCAUCCAGGGUUGGGAACCUAAUGGCAAACUAUUACCAUGACGCGUACCAACGGAGGAAUAGCAUUGACUCAUCAGGUGUCAGACACGUGCCUAGAGAAGCGCAUCACGUGAUGAACCGUCGUGUUAUGAUGGAGAGGCCUAGGAACAAGUAUUACUCGGAUGAAGACCAAAGAGCUGAACGGGAAAAUAUAGAUUCUCGGAAAGGACGCUUAGGGUCGCAGGAGAAACAAAAGACUUCACGGGAUGUCUGGGAUAAUGGGGGGCAUACCCCCACUUCGCGUGACGUCAGCGCCAAUGACGUCGUAGCUGAUGACGUCAGCAAAUCCAAAGGAGGAAAGGACGGUCCACGUGAGAAACAGCGGUUGACUCAAGAUUUAGAGAGGCAGAGAAAGAAACUUAAAGAGGAUGUGAAACGCGGACAGGAAUUACAACGAGAACAUACUCAGUUGUUGACACGUGAUCAAAUGCAUGAUCAGUCACGUGAUGUCCCAACAGAUGAUCGAUCUGACGACGAUCGGAAAUACGACAGACGGUAUCAUAACGGGACUGCAGAAUAUUCGGAAAAUAUUCGGAACAGCUCGGAAAAACGAACCCACGAUGAAUAUAAGUCAGCGGAUGUUAGAGUAAACGGCGCAGGGACUGGUGACGAGGCAUUAAAAAGAAAACUAGAUCCAUGUGACUGUGAUGACUCGAGCCAAGGAUCUGGGGUUAAUAAGCAUAUGCAUAAAAUGUCUGAUAUACAAUGUGAACAUUCGAGCUCAAGGGAAAAUUACCACGAAGUCAAUGGACACGCAGAUGACGCGAACCACGAACACGUCAGCAACACGCGAGGAGUCCACGAGCACGCGCGAGAGAUCCACGAACACGCGAAUUCUGAGGGUGCGACGAGAGAACUAUAUAGCAGUGAAAAAAUUGAGGUUCUUGGGGAAAGCAGUGAUUUGAGUGGACAUGAUGAAGCUGGGGAUGAAAAAAGUAAAGCGAAAACAUACCAGAAAAGCGGCCAUAAGCAUCGGAAAUCGAGCGAGGGGAAGAAUGCUUAUGACGAGUCUCUGAGUGUUCGCAAAGAAAGACGGGCAAAGGAAGGAAGUAAGGAACGCUGUGGAUCAGUGAAGAUGGACAAAGGAUCUUUGAAGGACGGCUCAAGUGGUCUUAAACGUGGUUCUUGUAGUGAUGACUCGGUAGAUAAUGAACACGGGGGAAGUAAGAGGAAAGCUGUGAACCAAGAUGGCGGCAAGAGACAACACGGCGUGGAUUACGAAAGCGAUGCUACGCAAAACAGGGUACGAAGUGACUUUCCUCGACAUAACUGGCUGGUCGAGAGAUGGAUGAACCAGAAAAAUACACCUGGGAAUGAGAAAGCAGCGAGGGUUAGUGAGCAGGAAACGCGUAGAGCUAGUACUGAGAGCUUGAAGGAGACGCUCAAGGACCCCAAGGACUGUACGUCAAUAAACAAUACACUUGAUCAGAGCACAGCCAUGCAGACGUCGGUCAGUCCAGUGUUUGAACAGACUUACAAAGAUGAAGUUUUAGACGAAGGUUAUAAUACCAAACGAAUCUCGGAUGAUGAAAUUGCACAAGACAAUGAAAUCGUUAUUUCACAGCAUGAAAACGAAAUCCUUAAAGUUCCUUCACCGGUGAAGUAUGAAAACGAUCCGUUAGUGCAAAAUAAUCAUUCUCCCGAGAUUAAAUAUUCACCAACGAAACAGGAACGGAUUUCGCCACGAAGUUUGAAUAAUUGUUCACCCGAAAUUAAACAGUAUUCACCAACGAGAGCGUCGCUUGAUGUUGUACAAUCUUCACCAAAUCUCGUAGAGUCAUCGCCUAAUUUUGUGCAAACAUCGCCUAAACGAGUACAAAUAUCGCCUAAUCGUUUACAGACAUCACUGAACAGUGUUCCUCUUUCGCCAAAUAGAUUACAGGCAACGAGUUGUGGUGCAACGCCAUCUUAUCAAGUACAAACAGGUUCACCUAAUCGGGUGCAAGCGUCACCAAACCGGUUACCCUCGACUGUUCCACAAUCACCAAAUAGAUUAGCACCUACACCAAAUUGUAUUACAAGUUCUUCUAAUCGAAUAUCACCAAAUCGAGUAGCGGAAUCACAAAGAGUAGCAGCGUCACCUCAUCGGGUUUCAAACAACACAAGUAUACCACCACCCAACCAGGUACCACAUUCGCCCAAUGGUAGACUGUCAUCGUCAUUACCAGAUGGGGUAGCACCAUCACCAAAUCGAAUACCAGCAUCACCACACCGAGUACCAGCACCCUCACCCAACAAAGUACCACAGUCACCAAACAGAAUACCAGAUAGGGUAGCACCAUCUCCAAACCGUGUACCAGUUUCCCCCAAUGAGAAAAAUCCCAAGAGAUCAUCUUCUGUUGGUUCUGGACAUUCAAUCGAGAGCAGGCAAAUAUCACCGCGUUUUACCCAAGAUCUACGUGGCGUUCAGGGAGAAUUGAGGACUUCGCAGGAUAGAGCAGGAUCAAGGGAGGAUAGAAAUGGACAUAAUGAGCGUGUCCUCGCAGGGAGGUUAAGUUUGAGACAGGAGAGCUUGUCAGGUGGGGAGGAAGAUAAAAUUAUCGAAGUGACUUCGGACGGCGAGGAGAGUAAACGUGCAAGCAGCGAGGAUCAUAAGGAAGUUUCGAGAAUUCAAACUGGAAGAUCAGUGAACCCUGUCAGCCCUAUCAUACGGUCUGAUAAGCAUGCCAUGGACGAAAUGCAUCCUGGGAUACACGAGCCUCGUACCCAGGAUCUCAAACCACUACGCGUCCCAGCUGAGCUACCGCCGGGUCUACCUUUCAUGGGCCCAGCUUACGUUGCAGGAUACUCCCCGAAGACUUUCACACCUCAUUUAAUUACCCACAAUGCAGCAGGCAUGCGUCAUCCCGGACACCCUGCCCUGCAGGGCGGUUUGCCCGGUCGGCUAGAAGUAUGCCAGCAUUCAAAACCCGAUAUGAACUGUCCAUUCCAUGGGAAGAAAGUUGAAAAUAUGCACCCACAUGUAUCUGGUUAUCCAGUCCUAUCCACAGAUGCACACAUAUACCCCCAACAUGCCCUACACGACAAAUUACGCGAUAAACGUUCGGAUCAUCUCGACUUACACUCGGACCCUAUCGCCAUGCAACGUCGGCUGUCGGCAGUCUACGAUCGUCACUUGGUAAUGCCUCAUGGGAUACCAAUACAUCAUCCGCGCUAUUUGGCCCCAGGCCUCAUUGAUGAACACGGUUUUCCAAUAGACGAGCGAUAUAAACAUAGAAUCGAGGCUGCGCACCCGUAUGCCGGCAUGCACAAGCCACAAUCCCAUACACCAGGAGGCGUUACCGCGGAUACUUCGAAAUACGCCGGAUCGCCUUCGGAGGAAAAACGAUAUGCUUUAAAAUAUAUGGAGGAUAAAAGACAUACGUCAAAAGACGUCGGAAUGCAACCGGAAAAUUAUCGCCACCACCAACAGCCUCUUAUGACGUCACGUUUGGAUAGAAAUGAUGUCAAGAGAUUCAAUAUUUCUCCUCAAGACAUGAGGUCGUCACGAGCCGAGCAUGUUCCACGCACGCGACCAGAAUCCCCGGGAAAAUAUUCGCCAUCCGUCAGACACAUGAAAGAAGCACAUCCGGGAUAUAUUCAACUUGGCGAGGGAAAGAAAGAAAAGACUGGGCCUGAAUCUAGACCCAGUCCUUCGCCGAGCACUUUAGACCGCGAGUCUAUCAACAGAGAUUUUAAUGAAAGAUUUAAUAUGUUGGAUAAAACGUUUAAAGAAAAAUUGGAGGGUACAGACAGGAGCAAGGACGAAGUUAUAGCAGCCUAUGGCAGCGCACAGCGGAGGCUCGAAGCUGGGGCUCCACCGAGAGCCUGGAGCGAGAAUCAAGCCAGGGGGGUCGAUCCGCAAAAAUAUAGAAAUCCUGAAAAACAUUCGCCAAAUACCAAACAUUCUCCCCCGAACAUGGAUGAACAAAGAAAGCUUCAAGACCGCACUUCGCCACGAGGAUUGGUGACUAGUGUCCAUACCUCUACCCAGAAAGCAACACUGCCCAUGCCAUCAUAUUUCCAUGGAAACCUUUUACCUGGCGCCACACACGGCUACGGCCGAGGAAUGGUUGGGAUUCCAGUAAUGGCUAAUCCUGGUGACUUCGGAGUAUGGCAGAGUAUGAGGGGACCCGCUAGGAUACCUGGCUACCCUCCUAGCAGUAUUCAAACUCAGGUAAGCACUGACUGUAUACAUUACUGGAGUUACUCUGAGUGUAUAUCCACACCGGGCAAGCUUGAAAAAUAUGCCUGGCCAUAUGUGGCCACGAGAGAAACACGCUGAGCUAGACGCCACGCGAGGCAGUUACCUCAGUGUUUUUCUCCAGUGUGCGGCAGAUUUAAUUUUACAUUGUUUUCUCACUCCCGAUAUAAAUUGCAGGUUGAAUGCCACAUAAAGGUUAAGUACAAUUCAACGAAUAAUUUCCAAUUGUUUCAGGGUGUACCGGCAGAGAAAAACGAGCGCCUGAAACCCGAGUACGCGACAGCAAAACGGGAGCACCAAGAAACGGAACGAAGUUUGGCGAUUGAGAAACAUCGCAUGAACCUGGCGCAACUAGAAAACGAAAGACGUAAAGCAAUGAUGGCGGGAAAGAUCGAGCGAAUAGACGAGAGGCGAGCGGAGAGUGGCGAACACGAACGACCUAGCCCGAGGACGCGUGAAGAAGAAUUGCGGAGGAAGUGGGAAUUAGAAAACCGGAAGCGGAAGUUGGAGCAAUCGGAAGUACAACUUUCACCCCACGCCAGAGCACAAGAUAUGAACAAGAGAAUGAGUGAUAAAUCACAUCAUAUGCCAGACGAAUUAGCUUUAAGGAAAGAACAAUAUUUAGCUAUGUAUGCACGGCAACACGAAGGGUACGGAAUGACGGGGGUACCUUAUCCCGAUAGGGCUCGGAGUGCCGGGAACCCAGCUUUUUACAUGGCCAGAAUGGGUGGUCAGGCUGAAGCUAGUGUUACUGAAGCUUUGAGGAAACAACGGGAGUACAAUGAGAGACAAGAAGCCAUAAGGAAGAUGGUGAAUCACGAACGAGGCAUUGUUGAUAGUGGGGAGCCAGCGAAGAAGAGGAUUAAGAAUAAUCGUUGUAUGUGUGGUGUCUGUGGCAAGGAGGCCUCGUUCCUGUGUUCAGGUUGUCAGAAGGCCUGGUACUGCAGUGCUAAAUGUCAAGUGAGUUUAAUUAAUAUAUUAACACCCCACCAGGGCUCGAAUUUUAUCGCGGCAAUUGCCGUAGAGGGAGAACAAAAUGCCGUGGAUCAUUGCGGCAACGACGGCAAUUUGUUGCCGUACUGAGUGCAAUAUUUGUACUAUUCACUAACACUGUGCAUUACUAUUUUGACACUUGAAUUCAGAUGUUGAUUAAAUCAUGCGUAAAUCACUAUUUUAGUCUGUUUUCUUCGAAAAAAAACAACACUAAAGAAAUACGUAGAUAUGUUUCUAGCUUGUCAAAAAUCCAGAGUAAGAAUAAAAUUAAAGUUUUAUUACAGUAAUUUGAAAAAUGCCGUGGAAACUGCCAAAAUUGCCGUAGACAGCUGUUGCGUUCUACGGCAAUUUUUAACGCCAUUGCCGUCGAUUGAUUUCAGGGAAAUUCGAGUCCUGCACCCCACGUUGUAUUGACUUUAACUUGCACCGUUUUUAAAUGUCAAAUAUGGUACAUACGUUACAGACCUGCAAACAUGUUGUCACAAGGUUGUUGUGAAGCCGAUAUCAGGAUGUGUUCGCACUGCUUGUUCCCAGUUGUUGUGACAAAUCUGUAACAAGUUGUUAUCACCUUCUUACAAGGUUUAAUGACAGUAAUAGACUUGCUAGAAGUUGUUCCAACAAGACCAAUUACAAGCUGUUCGUAACAAAUUGCUACGACUUGUUGUCAUCAACUUGUUAACAAGUGUUGCAAGCAAACGAUAUCAGACUUGUUGGAACAACUUGUUGCAGUCUGUUGGCCUCAUCAACCUUGUUACAAGAUGAUAACAACUUGUUCCAGACUUCUGUCAACAAUUGGGAACAAGCAGUGCGAACAUAUCUUGUUGACAAGGUGUGAGAUUUUUAAACGUGUAGAGACACAGGGUGCGAUAAUUGACCACUUGCGUAAUAGACUAAAUUUUGAUCUCAACAAAAAUUUCAUCACAGCUUGAAAGAGCAUCACAAAAUUAGUAAUAUUCCAAAGUUUCGUUGCGAAAUGUUGUAAAAUGCGGAUAAUAUAGCCUUGCGAAGUUUGCAAUUUUCAGUCAUUUUAGAUUACAAACGGGAAAUUGACAGUCUCAAACCCUUCGAGGCUGUCAAUUUCCCGUUUGUAAUCUAAAAUGACUGAAAAUUGCAAACUUUGCAAGGCUAUUUUUUCCGCAUUUUACAACAUUUCGCAAGGAAACUUUGGAAUGUUACUAAUUUUGUAAUGCUCUUUCAAGCUGCGAGGAAAUUUUUGUCUAGACUUGUUUAGAUCAAAAUUUAGUCUAUUACGCAAAUGGUCAAUUCGCGUACUUACGUACCGGACGUGCGCCAAUAUUACGGUCUGGUACAUCUUUGUCUUCAGCCACGUACCACGCAGGUACGCGGAACUCUUGCUAUCUGCGUACUUAACCUUUUGGCACCAUAUGAUCGUUCCAAGUCCAAGGUAUUCAAUACCGGAAUUUAAUUGCUAUAUGUGUAAGUCUGACAUGUCUUGGCAUGAAACACGAUUGGACUGAUAGCACUAGGGGAUGUUGAGGUCGAUUGUAUAGUAUUUGAAUAUACUUUUCAGAAACUUGUUCUCUAUGUACUUUUUGUAUAAAGACUAAGUACACAUUGAGCAUUGAGUUUCUACAAGCGCAAGUACACGGCAACAACCAUUGGCGUACCAGUCAGGUACAACUAAAAAUAUUGAAUUGUCGCACCCUAGUAGAUAUGGUAUAGCAAAGCACGGUACAGGAAGAUAAUAACAGUACGGUAUAGUUUGACAAUAUUCGUGCAAGUAUUAAAUGACUGCUGUAGUUUUUCCUAUGGCAAAUGCUUCUGGCAAAAUUUUAACACAAUGUUUUUCUUACUUUAGCACACAGCCUGGGCUGAACAUUGUAAAGAGUGUACGGAAUCAAAACGCAGAUGAAACUUGAACGAAAUAAAUCAAUACACGACGUUCGUAGCUUGAUGCAGCGCGUUAGGCCAUCCUUCCUUACAACAUUACAUAAUUAUUAUAGAAAACAAGGCUAAAUACUUUUUCGCAAAUAAUAUGAUCGAGUGUGUGUAUAAAAUGUAGUGAAACAAAAUUUGAUAUUUAUAAUAAGAAAUCGAAAUUCAUUUUACAAAAUAGAUUGUAAAGAUAAGCGACAAUUAAUUUAUUUAUUUCACUACGGACUGUUUUAAUUUAUUGAAUUAGAAUUAGAGUAUUUUUGUGAUAUGCCCAUUGUAUAAUUUAAAUAAAUGUCCGUGUUCUUAUGAAGGACAUGUGUCGGCUAAUUUAUUAUUGAUAAAUCUCAAAUUCAUUAAGAGGCAAUUUUUUUCGAUGUCACGUAUUUACAAUGAAAAGUGUUCAAAACCUAAAAUUGGCGUUCCUCUCAAAAUUACUUUGUUUUAGCUUUAUUCUCUAGUUUAUAGAGUUAGCUACCUUUUUCAAUGCAUCUGCCGAUUGAGAAACAUAAAAUAAUAGUUAAAAAUUGUCAAUUAAAAUACAAUUAUCAAUGAUGCUUUACAAUUGACGCCAUGUUUACAGCCAUAUAAGCAAAACUUACUGAACUUCAGACAUCAUUUUCUCUUUGGCGUAUCAUCUAAAAUCUCUUCAUUUUAGCAUUAUUUUACAGAUAAAGCACUAAACAUACUUUUUAAGUUCGUUUGCCGAUUGAGAAACUUAUCGAAAAAUAAAAAUUUUGAAUUUAGUCAUAACCACAAGUGGUAUAUUAUACGCAUUAGUUUUGAGCGCGUGUUACGUAACAUACAAAAACAUCUUCUCUUAAUAAUUCAUGAGUAAUUUAGCCAACCAUAUUGCUUUAUUUUUCUCACAUGAUAAUACUGGAUACCUGGUGAUGUAUAUUGAUCCAGUCCUAGGACUGGAUCGAAAUUAAUUCAGUUCUUGGACUGGAUCAAAAGAAAUUAAAUAGUGAUUUAUUCGUAUGAGAUAUCAUUUCAAAUCCUCCAAUGGACCUUUAACCUUAUAACUAAAAUUUUGAUCUAGACAAAAAUUUCAUCACAGCUUGAAAGAGCAUCACAAAAUUAGUAAUAUUCCAAAGUUUCGUUACGAAAUGUUGUAAAAUGCGGAUAAUAUAGCCCUGCGAAGUUUGCAAUUUUCAGUCAUUUUAGAUUACAAACGGGAAAUUGAUACCCAAAUCGGGUGUUUGGGUAUCAAUUUCCCGUUUGUAAUCUAAAAUGACUGAAAAUUGCAAACUUCGCAAGGCUAUAUUAUCCGCAUUUUACAACAUUUCGCAACGAAACUUCGGAAUAUUACUAAUUUUGUGAUGCUCUUUCAAGCUGUGAUGAAAUUUUUGUCUAGACUUGUCUAGAUCAAAAUUUUAGUUAUAAGGUUAAAG